GGCUCCUCUCAUCUGCCGCAGCAGCUGAAGUUCACGACCUCCGACUCCUGCGACCGCAUCAAGGACGAGUUCCAGCUCCUGCAGGCCCAGUACCACAGCUUGAAGUUGGAAUGUGACAAACUAGCCAGUGAAAAAUCGGAGAUGCAGCGUCACUAUGUCAUGUAUUAUGAGAUGUCCUACGGGCUGAAUAUUGAAAUGCACAAACAGGCUGAAAUCGUCAAGAGGCUAAAUGGGAUUUGUGCACAGGUUCUGCCCUACCUUUCACAAGAGCAUCAGCAGCAAGUCCUGGGAGCCAUUGAACGAGCCAAGCAGGUUACAGCACCAGAACUGAACUCCAUCAUCCGUCAGCAGCUUCAAGCUCACCAGCUGUCACAGCUCCAAGCCCUCGCUCUGCCUCUGACUCCGCUCCCUGUGGGCCUCCAGCCCCCGUCCCUUCCUGCUGUCAGCGCUGGCACUGGGCUCCUCUCGCUCUCGGCCUUGGGCUCCCAGGCUCACCUCUCCAAGGAGGACAAGAACGGCCAUGAUGGGGAUGCCCACCAAGAUGAUGAUGGGGAGAAAUCGGAUUAGAAUGAAUGGG